CUCUCUCUCUCUCUCCCCUUUCCCUCUCUAUACGGGGAUUCAAGCAAAAGAGAGAGGGAGAGUUGAAACAGCAGAAAAACCAACAUAGAUUGAGAGAAAAAAAAAAAUGUUGGGUGCUUUGUAUUUUUUCAUGAUUUUUAGCUUUACCAGCUUUCUUCAAGCAACUGCAACACUCCAAAAUCUCCCCAUCUUGUCUUUUGAUGAGGGUUAUACACAGCUCUUUGGGGAUAGUAAUCUCAUGCUGUUGAAAGAUGGGAAGACAGUCCAUAUCUCUCUUGAUGAAAGAACAGGUGCCGGAUUCGCCUCUCAAGAUCUUUAUCUACAUGGGUUUUUCAGUGCUUCAAUCAAAUUGCCGGCAGACUACACAGCUGGUGUCGUUGUUGCAUUCUACAUGUCGAACGGAGAUAUAUUCGAAAAGACUCAUGACGAAUUGGAUUUCGAAUUCUUGGGAAAUAUAAGAGGGAAAGAAUGGAGGAUUCAAACGAAUGUCUAUGGCAAUGGAAGCACUGGGCUAGGACGGGAAGAGCGGUAUGGGCUUUGGUUCGAUCCAUCGGAGGAUUUCCACAAGUACAGCAUUCUUUGGACUGAUGAUCAGAUCAUAUUUUAUGUUGAUAACAUCCCAAUUAGAGAAAUUAAAAAGACAAAAGCAAUGGGUAGUGACUUUCCUUCCAAGCCAAUGUCAUUGUAUGCCACAAUAUGGGAUGGGUCCACAUGGGCCACAUCAGGUGGGAGAUACAAGGUAAAUUACAAAUAUGCCCCUUACGUCGCCGAAUUCUCCGAUCUAGUCCUCCACGGCUGCGCCGUGGACCCCAUCGAGCAGUCUCCGGGAUGUGAUGAUAGUCAUGAUGAUCUCAAUCGCUUAUCCAAUCCUACUGCCCUAAUCUCGCCUGAUCAACGUUCAAAGAUGGCGGAAUUCAGGAAGAAAUACAUGACAUACAUGUAUUGUUAUGACCAUGUGCGUUACCCGACACCCCCGCCGGAGUGUGUCAUCAACCCGCGCGAGGCCAGUCAAUUCCAAGGGUCCGACGGGGUGAAAUUUGGUGGCCGCCACCGCCGCCACGGUAAGCGGCACCACCGGACUCCGGCGGCGGCUAAAGGGAGGGAGGCUAUUACCACACUCUGAUAAGUUAAUAAUGUAAUUCCUAUAUGUUCAUGGGGGGGUGCUUUUUUGUCAUUUCAUUUUCCUUUUUGUAUUUUUGACUUUUGGGAUUUUUGUGGGGUUUGUGUAUAGUUUGAAAUUUAUUGGAGGGUGGUUGGUGAUACAUAUGUUAUGUAGACUUUACGUGGGUAUUAUCAUAUCAUACCUAGUCCUGUGAUGUCUUUCCUUAUUA